AUGAAGAAUGAAUCAGACAUAAUAAGUCCCCGGUUAUUGGAUCAAACAGAUGUUGAUGAUUUUGUGGAAUGGUCUUUGGAUGAAAACGUUAGUAAGUUCUUUACUUGGGGAACUUUCUUAACCAAAAAAGACGCGAAGAGAUACACUACUAAAUAUUUUGUAACACAUCCAUGGUUUAGAACAAUUUGCUUAAAUGGCAAGCCAAUUGGUUAUAUUUGUGUAUCACCUCAUGUGGGAAGUGAUAGAUUCAAGGGUGAAAUUGGAUAUGUGUUAUCAUCAAAGUAUUGGGGCAAAGGGAUCGCCACCAAGGCUGUGAAGAUGGUGGCGGCCACCAUCUUCGUAGAAUGGCCACACUUGGUCAGGCUUGAGGGUAUGGUGAAUAUUGAUAAUAUAAGAUCACAAAGGGUGUUGGAGAAGGCUGGUUUUACAAGGGAAGGUGUUUUGAGGAAAUAUUAUAUUUUUAAACGGAAACUAAGUGAUCUUGUUAUGUUUAGUCUUUUAUCUACAGAUCAACUUACCUGA